AUUCAUAUUAACGAGAACGAUAUUUAUUUAUAGCUUAUCGUUAUUGGUGUGAAUGGGCCUUAUGGUUGCGUUUCCUAUGUUGAUGUUUGGGACAAGGAGGGCUAGAGGACCUGUCUGUGGUGAUUUCUUGCUGGGCUGACUGAGCUGUGGCACGAAUCAAUACAGGAUCCUGAGAUCAAUUCCUUCCCCCCUUUUUCCUUAGCUGACCUGCUCUUCAAGUGGUCAAGCCGGUAGACAGCCCCAUCCCCAACCUCUUUACACACACCUUUAACAGAGUAAUUAGGUUCUGUUUACAUGUCAUGUUGUGUAGCCUACAACACGAGAGGAAAAAGGAGGUAAACACUCAACAACUCUUACACAAUCAAAUGUAGGCCUACUGUUUUGUGUUGUAUAGUAGUUAAAUGGUACCGGCCAAAUUGUAGGCUAUUUUUGUUUUUAUCCUUAACAGAAAUUCUGCUUUAACCAUGAAGAACAAUUUUAGCAGGUUUAUUUAGCAGGUUUAUUUAUGCCCAGCUAAACCUCAACCACAUCAAUGAUUAUGCAUAAUUCAGUGUUGGUCAGUGAUUAACGAUGCCUUUGUGCUGGCAAAUCCCAGAAAUGUUUUUUUUUUUUUUAUUAGACCCAUGAUGUAACUGAUUAACUGAUUAACUGAUGUAACUGAUUUAAUGUUUGUGUAUUGCUGAUGAUGAUUGGAACACGGCAGCUAUUCCCCACCCAUCUCUCUUCUCUUCUCACAUAGGGCUGAGCCACAUGCGGCUUGAUGGGUCAUUAUGGUGGAUGUCCCACAUCCAUGGAGAACCACAUGAAGCAUAAUGGAAUGUGAGGGCCAGAAGUGGCCCAAAGGCUGACAUCCCCUGAUUGGAAGAGGGUUACCCUGACCAUAGAGGUCACCUGGCCUUUGCUGGUCACUGUGACACUGGCAUUCUGUUCUGCAGGUUUGAGGCUCAGGGGGCCAAGAGAUGCUGAACAAAUCAGCAGGAACACUCUGUCCUGCUCUCUUUGCUUAUUCUCCGCCAUGCUUUCCCAUUGUUGUGUUCAAUUCUGUUCGAUUCCUCUCCACCCAUCUCUCUCCCUCUCUCUCUCUUGCACACACACACACACAAACACAGACACACACACGCUCAUGCACACUGCACACUGACACACACACACACACACACACAAACAAAUCCAAUCCUGUUGCUUUCACUCUUGCUUUGCUCCCAUCUUAAUUAUUUUUACCCCUGGCUCUGAUCCAGUCCUUUGUCCAUUUCGCCUGCUCUUUCUCCUCCUCCCACUACCUUGGUCUCUUUUCUGACAGUGACCAUUUUGGGUGGAUUGAUGCCUUCUGCUAAAUGUAGGGGAACUAGAACCCGGAUUAGCUAGAUUUGCAAUACAUUUUUGUGACUAACCUGAUAUGGACAUUGUGCAAGAAAAAGAGAAGAGUGGAGAUGUAUAUGUUUUGUCCUUUGUUUUACACACCAAAUAGCCUACUUUCUAAAUUGAAUUAACUUAAUCCCUUGUUACAGAAAAAUAUCAGAAGUUCAUGGUCAAAUAUGGAUCACAAUGGUUCUGCAUUAUUGCACAUGUGUACUGAUUUGGCUUACAACUGGGGACAGGCAGUCAUACAUAUUUGAGGUAGUGGAAUUAGCAAUGGCAUUUGAGACUGUAAUCAAGAAAUGCUCCAUGACAGACCAAAAAUAUCAGUUUGUGUAUUUUUCUUCUGGGGCUGCAGGAUGUGAUUUUCUUGUUCAAGCGCCUCGUUUCUAAUCCGAUCUCCAGAUUGAUAUUCUGAAGUCUGAAUAAUUGAAGACUUUUUUUUCUUUCUCUUGAAGUCAGGUGGCCGGAAGGUGCCGAGGGGGAGCGCAAGAGAGAAAGGAACAGAGAGCGCAAGAGAGAGAAAGAGAGAGAUUGCAGAUUCUCCUUCUUGCCUUUCUUGCCUUAGCGACAUUCACUCCUCUCAGAAGAAGCUUACACGUCCACACUUGCGCACUAGGCGGACCUCUCACGCCCUUCUCAGUUUGGUUCCUGAGAUGCUCCUACCUGGCAAAGAGAUAGAUAACCCCUCCAGCAGCGGCUCCCCAUGACGGUAUUACCCCGAGCAUGGUGCAAAAAUCCCGCAACGGCGGGGUCUACCCCGGCCCCGCCGCCGAGAAGAAGCUCAAAGUGGGCUUUGUUGGGCUAGAGGCAGGAGCGACAGACUCGAACCGAGACGGGGCUCUGCUCAUAACCGGCACCGAGGAAACCAAACGAGGCAGCAUCUUGAGCAAGCAGCGCUCCAGCAUCUCCGGGAAGAAACCACCGAAGAGAAACGCCUUCUAUAGACGGCUGCAGAAUUUCCUUUACAAUGUAUUGGAGAGACCAAGAGGAUGGGCGUUUAUUUACCAUGCUUAUGUGUUCCUGCUGGUGUUCUCCUGUCUGGUCCUCUCAGUGUUCUCCACCAUCAAGGAGUACGAGAAGAGCUCCGAGGAUGCUUUGUACAUACUGGAAAUUGUGACCAUCGUUGUGUUUGGCGUGGAGUACAUCGUCAGGAUCUGGUCAGCAGGAUGCUGCUGCAGGUACAGGGGAUGGAGAGGCCGGCUGAAGUUCGCCCGCAAGCCCUUCUGCGUCAUCGACAUCAUGGUGCUGAUAGCCUCCAUCUCGGUGCUGGCCGCCGGUACCCAGGGGAAUGUGUUUGCCACCUCGGCUAUCAGGAGUUUGCGUUUCCUGCAGAUCCUGCGAAUGAUCCGGAUGGACCGGCGAGGGGGGACCUGGAAACUCCUCGGUUCGGUCGUCUAUGCCCACAGCAAGGAGCUCAUCACAGCCUGGUACAUUGGCUUCCUGUGCCUGAUCCUGGCCUCCUUCCUGGUCUAUCUGGCAGAGAAGGAGGACAACGAGAUGUUUGAGACCUAUGCCGAUGCUCUCUGGUGGGGCUUGAUAACCCUGACCACCAUUGGCUAUGGGGAUAAGUAUCCGCAAACAUGGAAUGGCCGUCUUUUGGCUGCAACAUUUACACUCAUUGGUGUGUCAUUCUUCGCGCUCCCAGCGGGAAUCUUGGGCUCUGGUUUUGCCUUGAAAGUGCAAGAACAACAUCGACAGAAACACUUUGAAAAACGGCGCAAUCCUGCAGCCGGGCUUAUCCAGGCGGCAUGGAGGUUUUAUGCCACGAAUCUCAACCGCACAGACAUGCAGUCGACUUGGGACUACUACGAAAGGACUAUAUCUGUCCCAAUGUACAGGCUCAUUCCUCCACUAAAUCAGUUGGAUUUGCUUCGCAACCUGAAAAGCAAAUCUGGACUCUCCUUCAGAAAGGAGCAACAGCCAGAGCCAUCUCCCAGUCAGAAGGUGAGUCUGAAGGAGAGGGUGUUCUCCAGCCCACGGAGCUCCGGCACCAAAGGCAAGGGCUCUCCGCAGGGCCAGCAGCCGCUCCGCCGCUCCCCGAGUGCGGACCAGAACAGCAUCGAGGACAGCCCCUCCAAAGUGCCCAAGAGCUGGAGCUUCGGCGACCGCAGCCGGGCGCGGCAGGCAUUCCGCAUCAAAGGGGCGGCCUCCCGACAGAACUCCGAAGAGGCGAGCCUUCCUGGGGAAGAUAUUGUGGACGACAAUAAAAGUUGCCAUUGUGAGUUUGUGUCUCAGGAUUUAACGCCUGGACUCAAAGUCACCAUAAGGGCUGUGUGCAUAAUGAGGUUUAUGGUCUCUAAGCGAAAGUUCAAGGAGAGUCUGCGGCCAUAUGAUGUGAUGGACGUCAUAGAGCAGUACUCGGCCGGCCACUUGGACAUGCUGGCCAGGAUUAAAAACCUGCAGUCCAGAGUUGACCAGAUUGUUGGUAGAGGUCCACCAAUCACAGAUAAGGACCGCCCGAAAGGGACCACUGAUGGGGAGAGUCAAGAAGAUCCCAGCAUGAUGGGAAGACUGGGGAAAGUGGAGAAGCAGGUGAUGUCAAUGGAGAGAAAGCUUGACUUCCUGGUGAAUAUCUAUGUCCAGAGAAUGGGCAUCCCACAGUCGGAGACGGACGCCUAUUUCAGCUCCAAAGAGCCGGACCCCGCGCCUCCCUACCACAGUCCGGUGGAUCACCUGGAGAAGACCGGCUCCAUCACCAAAAUCAUCCGCUCCAGCAGCUCUGCCGGGCAGAAGAACUUCGACCCUCCUCCCUCCACCUGCCUCAACCAGUCUCACUGCCCCCCCUCCACGUCCUGGCACCCCCACCCCCACCCCCACUCGGACGGCCCCCAUCACAGCCAGGGCGCCUCGCCUGUGGGGGACCCCUCCGUAGUGCGCAUCCCACCUCCCCCCGCCAACGAGCGCUCCUGUGGGGGCCACAAUGGUCACAAGAGCGGCCACCACUCCCGGGGGACUGGAGGAAAAGGAAGAGGAGGAGGAGGAGGAGGAGGAGGAGGGGGAGAGGAGGCCAAGGCCAGGGAGGCCCAGGGAGGCUUGGCGCAGGCGGGAGCAGAGAGCGACACCUCCAUCUCCAUCCCGUCCGUAGACCACGAGGAGCUGGAGCGCUCCUUCAGCGGCUUCAGCAUCUCCCAGUCCAAGGAGAACCUGGAAUUCCUCAACAACGACUACUUCAGCAACACGACCCGCUGCACCAAGGCACGGCCGUACAUCGCCGAGGGCGAAUCGGACACCGACUCAGACCUCUGUGCCCCCUCGCCACACUCGCCCACAGGGGAAGAGGUGUACGGGGACAGAGGCUGGACCGCUCCCAAGUAAGCUCCCCAGACAGAUACGUGUGAUGGGAGAAGAUCAGUAAAGGUCACUUAGUCCAAAUGUGACCGGUUGGUACACUAACCUGCAUGUUACCAAUGUCUGUAAACUGUCCAGGGCAGCUGUCCAUCAGCACAGUGACUCUGUGACACUGCUCAGACAUGUCUGUGGGUCAAAAUGUGUUCCAACAACGGAUGCCAGUGUGCAGUUUCUGCAACAGAAAUCAACUGGCCUCUGUUCUGGACUCUGAAGGACAGAGGGAGAUAAAGAAGCUGUUUUUUAUGGACAAGAGGUGUCUGCUUAUCAUAAUGGGAAUGUCUUUGUCCUGACACAAAAACAUAUGUUUGUCUGUCUGCAUUCACGCACGCACACACACACACAAACAACAUAUGUUUGUCUGUCUGCAUUCACGCACACACACACACACACACACACACACACACACACACAAACAAACUCACACACACAUACUCAUCUGAAAAUGUUCACAACUGAUUGUUUUUGAAAACCAUUCCAAGGCAAACUCAUCACCUCUAUCUCCAUGUGAAUGUAUCAAUACAUGUGACAUUAUAAGAGAAGGAGUUUUUUUCUGUCCACUGUUGAUGAUGUUGAUGAUGUCCAUGCUCUAUUAUUAUUUUCUAAAACACAGGAGAUUCACUUGGAUACACUUGAAAAUGCAAACUAUCCUUGAGUUAACACAAUUUUCUAAAAUUUGCAUGUGGAUUAGAACAACUAUUUCAAAUAGAAUGUAUAUUUAAAAUGAAUUUAAUAAGAAUAUUGCCAGAGGUUAAGAAACAUAAUAUUUUGUUGAUAACCUUUUGAAGGCAAAUUGGUCUCUUUUUUAGUGUGUACUCAAACUAUAUAGAAAUUGCUGAGAAUUACUACACCUUCAUACAACACUAACAUCGGCCCACUGGACUCUUGCACACUUGCGCCAGCACACUGCAUGUACACACACACAUACACGCACACACGUGAGCACAUGUGCACACA